AGAACGUGGAACGCCAUGUAAAUCUCGAAUCAAUUUUAUUGUAGUUGGGGUACUUGUUUUCUCUUCGUCACUAUGUCUGUGCAGACUCUCCUUAAAGCCCAGGGGCUUCGCCAACUGAUGCUUCAAAACACAAAAUAUAUGCGGCUUUUGGAUGCGUCCUGGCAUCUCCCAUCAGAAAAUCGUAAUCCAAAGGACGAAUUUUUAGCUCAUCGGAUCCCAGGGGCUAAGUUUUUUGACAUAGACGAAUGUGUCGACAAGUCAUCACCUUAUGAGCACACGUUACCGAAAACCGAAGAUUUCUCAAAUUACGUUCGAAGUCUAGGAAUUAACAACGAUAGCCAUGUUGUUGUUUAUGAUCACAGUAAAGUUGGGUUAUUCUCGGCUCCUCGAGUUUGGUGGAUGUUCCGUGCAUUUGGGCACGAUCGGGUAUCGAUUUUGGAUGGUGGAUUUUUAAAGUGGAAAGCCGAGUCUGAUUACCCUAUUUCAUCAGGUCCAGAGGAUGUAGUCGAAAUUGAAGGUGAAUUCGUUAGUAGGUAACUCGUAUGUAAAUUCUCCUUUCUUCUCCUGGAAGUGUACUCUCGUUAAUAAGCUGCACAGGUAUCAUCCGCUCUAAAAAACUUGGGAAACUAUACUUAUGAAUAAAUUCGCUUUCCUUUCAGCAGAUGGUGGACCAUUCAAAGCUACCUUAAAUCCAGGCAUGUUCUGUGACUUUGAUUUUGUGAAAGCCAAUUUUUCAGACCCACACAUACAAGUAGCCGAUGCACGAUCUCCUGGCAGGUUCCUUGGAACUGAAACAGAGCCACGCCCAAACUUUCCAUCUGGUCAUAUUCCACAUUCAAAAAGUCUCCAUUAUGCCAAAUUCUUAGAACCCGAAACAAAGCUAAUGAAAGAUCCAGAGGAGUUGAAAAAAGUAUUUGAUGAAGCAGGAAUUGAUCUUCAAAAUCCACUUGUUACAACCUGUGGGUCAGGAAUCACAGCUUGCAUCAUAGCUUUAGGAGCACAUCUAUGUGGAAAGAGGGACACUAUGGUGUAUGAUGGGUCAUGGGUGGAGUGGGGACAGCGAGCUUCUCCAGAUAUGAUAGAAAAGAAUUAAUCGCACAACCUUUUGGUCCAAGGCAGACCUGAUAACUAAAAGUGUACCAUAAAAAAGUAAAUUUGAAGGGGAGAGGGUUGAGGUUAGCUUUGCCAAUAAGGGUAGAACAUUUCUCAGUACCAGCUGAAGGGUAAAGUGAGGUGGGGACAAGGUUGUUAAAUUGUUAGCUGAUAGAAAAUCUGCCAACAUGACUAAUAAUAUAUUAAGUACAUAACAAAAAUAGCUUGUAUAAUGGAAUACAUCAUUCUCAUCCAAACAAGAGAGAACUUUGUUGUGUUUCUUUAUUUCUCUCUGCUCAUAAAUUCAUUUUAAACCAAAUGAAUAUUUUCUAGUUUACAUGAUCUCUUAUGUAAGUAUGUUCUAUACAGUACAAAGUGACCAUAUUCUUUACACUGCAUGAUAAUGAAAUUCAAAUAGUUGUCUGUAACAGCCUUGUCCAAUGUUAGCGAAAUGAUCAACAACUAUCACAUAGGAAGCCAAGGAACUCCUUAAUCAAAGGCAAUAAAGGUGUUGUAGACAGUUAUGCAGCAUCUUAAAUAACAC